AAAUCUUCCGUUAAGAGGCGAAAACCAAUGGCCAACAAAUCCUUCUGAAUUUCGUAGUGUAUUUGAGCAAUAUAUAGAACAUAUGAAAUCUCUAGGUGCUAAAGUUAUGAGUGCUAUUGCCAUGGGUUUAGGAUUGGAACAUGAUUAUUUUGAAGAAUUUAUGGAUGAUUCCUUUUGGGUGAUGAGAGUAAUUGGAUAUCCACCUCUGAAUAGUGCAAACGGUUUAAACCGUGUAAAAUACAGUUGUGGUGAACAUACUGAGCUUGCUAUUAUGAGAAGUGAGAGGGAUUCCACGAAAGAUGCACUCCAAGUUAAAACAAAAGAAGGAGAUUGGAUUAACGUAGAUCCUAUACCUAAUUCUUUUGUUGUAAAUAUUGGUGAUAUGUUAAAUAUAUGGACUAAUGAUUUAUAUAAAAGCACUUUACACAGAGUUAUCCAUAAUAGUAGUAAUUAUAGGGUCUCAAUUCCUUUCUUUUACGAACCAAACUUUGAUGCAAAAAUUGAACCACUCUCAAAAUGUCUUGAAGUUGACCCCGUUAGUCACCAUGAAGGUGUUGUGUAUGGUGAACAUUUGCUUAGUAAA